AUGGAGUGGUUUGAAACUGAGCUUUGACCUCACAGGAGGGCAGGAGCGCCACACUCCAACUCCACCUUCUCACGCCCAACCUUCUUCAUACUGACUGGCAUUCCAGAGUUAGGGGUUGCCCAGGCCUGGCUGACACUGGUCUUUCGGCCCAUGUAUCUGCUUUCUCUGCUGGGCAAUGGAGCACUGCUGGUAGUGGUGGAGAUAGACUCCACACUGCACAAGCCCAUGUUUCUGUUCCUGGCCACCCUGGCAGCCACAGACCUGGGUUUAGCCACAUCUAUAGCUCCAGGGCUGUUGGCUGUGCUGUGGCUUGGGCCCCAGCCUGUGCCAUACGUUGCCUGCCUGUUCCAGAUGUUCUUUGUUCAUGCACUGUUGGCCAUGGAAUCUGGUGUACUGUUGGCCAUGGCCUGUGAUCGUGCUGUGGCAGUAGGGUGUCCACUGCACUACCCCAUCCUAGUCACCAAAGCCCACGUGGGCUAUGCAGCCCUGGCACUGGCACUGAAAGCUGUGGCAGUUGUUGCGCCUUUCCCUCUGCUGGUUGCAUGAUUUGGGCACUUCCGAGCCAAGACCACAGACCACGCCUACUGUGCACACAUGGCGGUGGUGGAGCUGGUCGGGCGUAACACUCGGGCCAGCAACUUUUAUGGGCUGGUGCUUUCAUUGGCCGUGUCAGGUGUAGAUAUUCUAGGCAUCACAGGCUCUUAUGGGCUCAUUGCCCACACUGCUGUGCUGCGGCUGCCUACCCAGGAAGCCCGUGCCAAGGCCUUUGGUACAUGGAGUUCCCACAUCUGUGUCAUUCUGGCCUUCUACGUGCCUGGUCUCUUCUCACGCCUCUUUGGUCGUCGCACCAUCCCAAAGCCCAUGCACAUCCUUUUUUCUAACAACUAUUUGCUGCUACCAUCUGCCCUCAACCCGCUCAUCUAUGGGGCCCACACCAAGCAGAUCAGCGACCAGCUCCUAGAAACCUUCGCAUUCAGAAAAAGCCAGUUCUAA